UGUCUGGAACUGAUCCAGAUCAUCAGGGCUGGAUUGGCUCCAGGUGCAAAAAUGCUGUCAGGCUCAUUAAGAGGGACCUCUCCGAGAUCCGGCUGUUCAGUUCAGCUCAGAGUAGAGCUCAAAACGGACAGAUUACUACCAGAUAGACUGCUGCGUUACAGUGAGCGAAAAAUCAUUUUGUGUUAUGACUUCCAUUUAUCUUUGGCUCGAUUACUGACUAUAGAGCGACACUAUAGAAUUGCUGGUUAGUUGUUACGGAGUUUCUGGAGUUUACCUUUAGUUUCUCGUUUGUCAGAAUUAUUUGAGAGUAUUUGUUUUGGCGAAAAUACUGGUGGAGAAAUCCGUUACCUGAGAAUAACAAAUCAAAGAAAUCCGCUUUAAACGAAUAAUUUUACCAGGGAUUCCCCGUCUCCGAAUGAAGGGAUUUGUACGCAUUUUGGGUUGCAGUCUUUCUAGAAAAUUGGUUGACUCAUCAUCGUCUUGAGUGCCUUCGCCUGGUUUAUGUUUUGAGCUCUCCCGGAAAUGGUGGGACACCUACAUUUACAAGCUAUGGAUGAUAGUCUGAAAGGAAAGAAUCGGGAGGGACUGCUUGACAGUCCGGAUUCGGGACUCCCUCCGAGUCCAAGUCCGCCCUUCUAUUCGCUGUCUCCAGGUCUGCUCGAGUCGCGCUCCGGGAGUUGUACGACGCUAGUCGAGAACCAUGGAUACUAUAAAAAGGAGAGCAAAGGCAAACUGCUGCCGUACCUUCUCCUGAACUCAACGGGGACGGACCCGAGGGCACGCAUGUACCCUGUCUUCUUUGGUGAGAGCAUCGAGGUCAACCCCAAACCUGAAACGGAGAUCAAGUGUAACUCUGAAGUAAAGUACGACUCAGACAGGCACUACCGGGACCAGGUGUACUGUGCUCCUGUUCCCACGGUGACUUCCUACAGCGAGAUGGUGGUUGCCGUGCAGAACUGCACCUGGCGGCGCUACAAGUCCCAGGUGUACCUAGAGCCACGUCAGAGGCCCCUGCACUACCAAAGCACCACCAUCGUGUACCCCAAACACGCCAAGAACACUUACCGUACCACGCUCAACUACAACGCUACGGGCUCCCAACGCUGGUUUGUCUCCACCGUCCAGCUGAAGUCCAGUGAGGACAGCAGCCCCUGCAUUCUCUACGCUGAGGACCUCUAAACCUGAUUUCAGACCUGACCUGCCUGGCUACUCCUACUGUUGUGGACUGGACACACAGAGGCAGUUGGACACACAGGAAGACUGAUAGACUGACACACAGAGGGUGGUAAUAUUGCAUAAGGGAUAUGUACAUUUAAGUCAUUUAGCAGAUGCUCUUAUCCAGAGCGACUUACAAAUUGGUGCAUAUUGUAGGGGGAGUACAUCAAAUCACAAAGCCCUUUAAAGAGUUGUCCUUCAUGUUCACUUGUCUUAUGGAGCAGAGCGCUGCCAGUCUGUAGCCUCCUCCUCUCCAGGAACACCUCUGAUAGUUGAGCAUGACUCUUUGAGAGAUUGAUGGUACCAUGUUACACAUCUUGUUUGACUGUAGAGAUUCAUUAUAGAAAUGUACAUAUUCAUGCUCUAAAGGAAACGUGAAUCCACACAGACACAUGCAAAGCAGUCUAAUAGCUUGGUUGCACUUCUUUUAAAAUGGUGUAAAUUAUGUGGGUAUUCUGAAAAGAGGGGGAAACCGAAAUGCAAUACUUAGCAAUUGAAAGAUUGGACCAAAGAUUUUGUUACAAAGAAGAUUUCACCCUAGUAGUAAGUAAUUUCUUUGUCACAUCCUCAUCAGACUCUCAAACACGACUCCUGCAUUAGAUCUACAUCACAACACUGCAUCUUUCUCAUCCCAACAAGUGUCUUGAGGGUGUCAUGAGCACAUCAUUGUCGUCUCUAAAAAGAUGUCCAGUGACGUCAAACUCCUCUCUGCAGGUUUGCUGUCUUGCUUUGACAGACACCAAACCACAUCUACAUGACAUAAGACAUUAGUGACCUCAAACUCUAGAACUUACCUUUUUAGUCUGAUAGACACUGAGGUAUUUUAAAGCUAGAAUCCUUAAUUGAAACAAUAAAGUGGUCACUUUGUUUUGGUAAAAAGCUGAGAGUGGGCGUGGA